AUGCGCGCAGCUGCAUCAAUUUAUAAAAUAUAUGCCUACACAUGUCAGUUUGAGGAUCCAACAGCUUACAAAGACAAAGUGAUUGCCACUGGCUUGCCUGCAUCUCCGGGAGCAGCAGUAGGGACAGUCGUGUUUAGUGCUGAUGAUGCUGAAACAUGGCAUUCACAAGGAAAGAGUGUCAUCUUGGUAAGGACAGAAACCAGUCCAGAAGAUGUUGGAGGUAUGCAUGCAGCUGCUGGGAUCUUGACAGCUAGAGGUGGCAUGACAUCUCAUGCAGCUGUUGUGGCCCGGGGAUGGGGUAAAUGUUGUGUUUCUGGCUGCUCUGACAUCAUCAGAGUCAAUGACACUGAGAAGGUGGCUGUGAUCGGGAACACGGUCAUUAACGAAGGAGAAUGGCUUUCACUCAAUGGAUCCACCGGUGAAGUCAUAUUGGGAAAACAGCCACUUUUUCCUCCGGCUUUAAGUGGUGAUUUGGAAACCUUUAUGUCUUGGGCUGAUAAAGUCAGGCGCCUCAAGGUUAUGGCAAACUCUGACACGCCUGAAGAUGCACUCACAGCAAGAAAUAACGGUGCCCAAGGGAUUGGACUAUGCAGGACAGAGCACAUUUUCUUUGCUUCAGAUGACAGAAUUAAGGCGGUAAGAAGAAUGAUCAUGGCGGCUACAACUGAACAGAGGAAGGCAGCAUUGAACCUCUUACUACCGUAUCAAAGGUCUGACUUUGAAGGAAUUUUUCGUGCAAUGGAUGGUAUUCCAGUAACAAUCCGCCUGUUAGAUCCUCCACUUCAUGAAUAUCUUCCAGAAGGUGACUUAGACCAGAUUGUCAGCGAACUAACUGCAGAAACUGGCAUGACUGAGGAUGAAGUUUUCUCAAGAAUUGAGAAAUUAUCAGAAGUAAACCCCAUGCUUGGUUUCCGAGGCUGCAGGCUAGGGAUAUCGUACCCAGAACUCACUGAAAUGCAGGCUCGUGCCAUCUUUCAGGCUGCAGUCUCAAUGAGCAACCAGGGUGUCAAAGUUUUCCCUGAGACAAUGGUUCCCCUUGUUGGAACACCUCAGGAACUACGGCAUCAAGUGAGCCUAAUUCGAAGUGUUGCAAACAAAGUGUUCUCUGAGAUGGGUACUACCUUGAGCUAUAAAGUUGGCACUAUGAUUGAGAUCCCUAGAGCUGCUCUGGUUGCAGAUGAGAUUGCGAAGGAAGCUGAGUUCUUCUCAUUCGGGACCAACGAUCUCACACAAAUGACCUUUGGAUACAGCAGAGAUGAUGUGGGAAAGUUUCUACCCAUUUACCUGUCCAAAGGCCUUCUUCAAAAUGAUCCAUUUGAGGUAAUCCAAAUGCACUGCUUUCGGGUACUUGAUCAAAGAGGUGUAGGGCAGCUCAUCAAGAUGGCCACCGAAAAGGGUCGUGCGGCAAGGCCUAGCUUGAAGGUUGGAAUAUGUGGAGAACAUGGUGGGGAGCCUUCUUCUGUUGCAUUUUUGGCAGAGGCGGGACUAGACUAUGUUUCAUGUUCUCCAUUCAGGGUGCCUAUAGCCAGGCUAGCAGCAGCUCAAGUUGCUGUCUGA